UCCUCAGCUUUCUCAGAUGAAGAUGAGAGGUUCAUCUUAAACAACACGCGACCUAUGACCCCUCUGGUCCUCAACCCCGUCCCCCCCACCUCCUGCUGGGAUGCCUUCGCCCCGGCCUACGAGCCAACAGUGGACGUGGAGAUGGAGCUGACCCCCCGGCUUCCAACCCCGGAGGAGAGGAUGAGACAGCAGGCUGAGGCCAUCGGAGCUGAUAUAGUCCCUAUUAAUAUCACAGGAGAGAGUUUCGAUCGUCAGGCCAGUUUUCGAAGAGUUGUUUCCAACACUGACUCGUUAUCCCGGCGCCCCCGUAACCUGAGCCGCCGCAAGACGGUUACUGGGAUCCCUGAUGACGUCAGCCAGAAACUGAACUCGCCGUUGGUCUCUUUGGUUCUUCCCGGUCAGUUCUCCACUGUCGGUCGACCCGCCUCCUCCUCUGCCCACCACCAGAAGAACACUGAGGAGGAGGUUGAAGAGCAGGAGAAGGGAGAGGUCAGAGAGGAGGCGCCGUCAUCCUCGAGGAGGAUCCGAGCCCCGAGAGGAGAGGGGAUGUCUAGCCUCAUGGCCUCCCUUACCUCCAGCCCGCUGGUCAGCCCCUGUCACGACCGCUCCUCCUCGGAGGUCCACAGCCUCCCCCGUCUGGCAACCAACUCCUCUCUGAACUCCGAGGUCAGCUGCAACAGCGCCUCCUACGGGACACUCAGUGCCUCCUCGUCUUGUUGCCAGGAUACGCAGGGUUUCCCCAGCGACGUCCAGCCCCUGCUGCCCUUUGACCCCACCGCCAGAGUCAUCCCUCAGUCUCCUUCCUCCUCCUCCUCUUCUAUUCUUUCCUACCCCGUCUCCUCCUCCCGCCCAGGCACCCCCAGCCGUACCGUGCAGUCAGAGUGGUCUUACCCAAGCGAUAAGCCCCUGAAGGAGGCUACCCACUAUCACAAUUCUCCUUCCUCCUCCCACUACCUCUCCUCUUCCUCCAUCGCAGACUCAGAGUCUCAGUUUAGCUACCAGGCUCUGGAUGACCAGACCGCCGCCCAGCAGUGCUCCUACAGCGGUGGCUCCUACAGCGGAGGCUCCUACAGCGGGGAGGCGUGGAGCUACCAGUCCCUCUCCCCCAGCUCCAGUAUCCACAGCAGCCAGACCGUGGGCGACUGGAGCGGCCUCACCCAGGAGAUGAGAUGUGUUUCUGGGGAAUGUUGGAACUGUGACCCCCUGCUCUCCUCCGGUCGCUCUACUCCCUCUCACGCCGACAGCAACUCUUUGUGUUCAGAGAAAAUGACCUCCUCUCCGUUCCUAAACCGGGAGAGAAGGAAGCACAGCAUCUCCUCCAUGUACUCCCGCAGCGCCUCCCGCAGCAUCUCCCUCCGCAAGUCCAAGCGCCCGCCUCCUCCACCGUUGCGCUCUGACUCUCUGAGGCGCCGUCCGGGUCGCAGCAAACCCCCUCGCUCCUCCUCCAGCCCCCGCUCUUCCUCCAGCCCUCGCCCGGAGCACGCUUCCAAGCGGACUCCCACAUCGUCUCCUCAGACCUUCGACGACCCCUGGGUGCCCAGGAGCAACACCAACAAACACCAGAGUGAGCUCAACUGCGGGACAGUCACAACCUUUGAACCUUUGGGUCCGGACUGCCAGGCGCCAACCUGCGUUGACUCUCCUCCUUCUGAGCACCUGCCAUCAAGCCCUGGCCACUCCCCUGCUCAUGUCUUUACUCCUGGGUCUCCAAGCUCAGAAGAGGAGGCGCUGAGAUUUACACUCAACCCCCAACCAGCUGCCUUGUCCGUGGCGGGCCUGCAGCGCCUCGCUUCACCCUCCAGCGGCUACUCCAGCCCGUCUAACACCCCAAGCGACCGACCCACCCACGCCGUCCAGGCAGGCGGGGUGAGAGGGCCGCCAUGUGGGACAGCUGGGUGGGCGUUUGUCUGGAGAAGUGGCCGCAGUGGGGGCCUGGAGGUGAGCCGCGACGCCGCCGCCCACUUCGCCGCGGGGUUUUCGGAGCCGAGCGAGCGCCUCCCGCCCUUCUGCCCGCGGGCUGUCCGUCCCCGAGCAGCGGAUGGAGGUCGUCCUUCGCUGCCGUCGCUUUUCACCGACAGUCCGCAGACCUUGAAGGAUUCUCUGAUCAGGUCCUCGUUUCAGGCCGUCCCCAGGCGGCGAGCAACCCCAGUCCACCAGCAGGCGGCGGGGCGGGGAUUCCUUAAGUAA